AGCGAGAUCGCACAAUGCUGUUUCCAGAUUCCUUCUUCUUUGCUGAAAGACGUUUGCUAAACCAUAAAAUCGAAACUAAAUAUGUCAAAGACUUGGAUCACUGUGAGCUUUUCUGCUACAUGAACGACAACUGCGUUAGUGCUAACUUCAAAAAAGAUCCCGAGGAUGGAGGAAUCGAUUAUAUCUGUGAACUGAAUAACGCCACUCAUCUUGAAUAUGAUACUGACCUGAUAACUAAUGCCGAUUUUUAUUAUCGUGGCUCAAAGAACGCCUGCGGUAAAAAUCUACUUUGUCAAAAUAAUGCAACUUGUCAGUCCGGUUUCACAAUCAAAGGAUAUCGAUGCUCAUGCCCUCUUGGAUUCGAAGGAGAACACUGCGAAAAAGGUUAA